GGGACUAAAGCAGACACAAGAGUUGUCCUUGCACAUUGUCCUUGCCAACUAACCAACAUAAUGGACGGAGAAUUCACAGGCAAAGAAAUAUAUCAGGAUCUAUUUAGUCCUAGAGGCUAUUUAGAUACAUAUUAUGAUCCAAAAAAGGGGAUUUUGGUAACAGAUGGCUUUCUAGACUUUGCUCUGAGGAAGCUUCAUGAGGCUUUUACAACUCGUGGUGUGAAGGGAGAAGUUCUGAUUGACAUUGGCCAUGGACCCACCAUUUACCAGGACCUGUCAGCUUGUGAAUCCUUUAAAGAAAUCAUUGGUGCUGACUAUACAGACCGUAAUCGAGAAUACUAUGAGGGUGCGCUGAGGAAUGAUCCAGGAACCUUUGACUGGACAGGCGUUAUAAAACAAGUUUGUGAGAUGGAAGGCAAAGGAACAACUGUGGAAGAGAAGAGAGAGAAACUAAGAAAUACAGUGAAAAGAACUGUGAAAUGUGAUGUCACAAAAAGCAAACCAUUGCAUCCUUUGGUUUUGCCACAGGUUGAUUGUGUAAUGACCCUCGGUUGUUUAGAAUGUGCUUGCAAAGAUCUUGACACCUAUCGGGACGUCCUUAAAAACAUCUCAACGCUGUUAAAAAUAGGGGGGCAUUUAAUUAUUACUGAGAUUCUAAAUUGUACAACUUACUACCUGGGGGGGAAGUGGUUUUCUUGUUUGUCAUUAUCUGAGGAAUUUUUGAGAAAUGCCAUCACUGAAGCAGGUUAUGCUAUUAUAGACCUGGAGGUUAUCCCCAGGCCAUAUGACAAAGACCAGUAUAGGCUUUGUGACCAUGACUCGAGCUUUUUCAUCCUGGCUCGGAAAGUUCGAGAUAUUUAGAGGACUGCUUUAUUAAAUCAAAACAUAUCAUAUCAGGACCACAUGUUCUUAUUAGUAAAAAAAAUUACAUACUAACGACCUAAUACCUUCUUACGCUUCAUACUAACUCUGGACGCUGAAAUGUUAAACUAUAUAAUCAGGUCUUAUAGAUUCACAUGGCAAUAAUGAGAAAGCAGAAAUAAAGCAAUUAUUUAGCUAGAUUAAAGAUUUUUAAGGAAUAAAAAA